AAAGUAGACCGUUAGGGACAGCAAACGACGCCAUAUUUUUCCCGCUUAUUCAACAUUUGCCUUCAGUAAACUUUGCCAUUAUAUCAUGGAAAGAUAUACAAUUCAACAACGAGUCGAAAUAAUAGAAAUUUCCCACCGAAAUUCUGAGUCAGUGGCCUCAAAUUUAAGAGCUAGACAGGCAGUACAUAAUUAUUCCAAUAAAUAAGAAUUCUAUACAUACAAUAAAAGAAAAAUAAACACGGAAGCAGAUUAAGAAUCGUUUUAUAAUUGGUAGUAUUGGAGUAUCUUUGGGAUACCUCAGUUUUGAAGUUUAAUCUCCUAGUUUUCCACUACUACUUUAUAUUUUCGUGAUAGCAAAGGCAAAAUUAUGUUUUUGUUUGUCUAACGAUUAUUUGCAGUAUAACAACCACGAGAUUAGAAUACAUUAUGUCAAAUAAAAGAAGGGCGAGAAGAAGUGAACAAUUUGCCGCGUUCAGGACGGCCUCCGACCUCUUCAACUGAAGAAAACGUCGAUAAAAUACAAGAAAUGGUGCUCAAAAAUCGUCAUUAUAGUUUGCGAGGGAUAGCCCAAAUAAUGGACAUGUCUCAUGAGACCGUUUUUGGCGUUUUGAAGCAUUUGAGAGAGAAGGUUCGUCGCAUGAGACCAGAUUUGCGGCGGAACAACAGUUGGAUUUUGCACCACGAUAAUGCACCAGCGCACAAAGCGAUCAUUGUGAACGAAAAAAAUUUAACAAAUAUCAUCGAACAACUAGUGUACUCUCCAGAUUUGGCCCCGUGUGAGUUUUUCCUAUUUCCAAAACUCAAAUAACGAUUUCGUGGAACCUCUCAAAACGAGCAUUGAAGACAUCAAAACUAAUUCGCAACGAGAAUUGAAGGUCAUCCCGGAAUAUAGCUUCAAAAAGUGUUUCGCUGAUUGGAUUGUUCGCUAGAAGAAGUGUAUUGCCUCAGAAGGGGCCUAUUUUGAAGGAGAUAUAAUAAAUUUAGAUGAUGGAUAAGUUGUUUGCGUUUUAGUUCAAAUUUCCGGGUACUUCUUUGACACAAUUUAUACUCGUAUAAGUGCUCCAAUAGAUUUCCGUCAACAACACAUAAAAGCACUGGGUGACAACUGUCAUAUCUUCGAACAGUUGUGGAAAACGUUUAUAUAAACACUCCAACGGUCAUUUCUAGUUUUAGAACUGAUAACCAAAUCACCUGUGCCAGACUAAUAAAGUUUUUUGCCGAGUAAAUGUAUAUAAGGAGACAAACACAUUAUUGCUGAUUGCGCGAUCAACCGGUAGAAGUGAUAACCAAUCUGUAGAUGCUUCCGGGCAGACGAGCUAAAAUUUAUUCGCACUUAUGCGUACUAGUUAUCAGCAUAGUUCCUUAUUACCGAACACUACCCGAAUCACAAACGACUACUAGAAGUAUGCGUUGGCAAUGUCAGAACAAAGUGAAAAGCUCAAAAUUUUAGUCACACAUCCAGCAACUCCACAAGCUGCUAUUGACUUAUUGUCGCAUGACUAUGAGGUAAUCUUUUGCCAAAGUGUGCCGCCGAUACGUUCGGAGAUUCUGGAGAAGUGCAAAGGUGUAGAUGCUGUAUUAUGGGCCUCGCAUCUUCCCCUCGAUAAAGGAAUACUUGAUGCCAUAGGUCCACAACUGAAAGUGGUUUCCACUAGAUUUGGGGGCACCGAUUUUGUAGACGUGGAAGAGUUUAAGCGACGCAAGAUACCCUUGGGUUAUACACCUUGCGUUCAAAACGAUGCAGUGGCAAAUAUGGCAGUUGGUUUGUUGUUGGCAGCAGCGCGUCGUUUCCACGAAGGACGUCUGAAGAUCGAGACCAACAAUUGGGAGACCUACACUCAAAACUGGAUGUUGGGUCAGGAUUUUCGCAACUCGGUGGUGGGUUUCUAUGGAUUUGGUGGUAUCGCUCAGACGAUCGCCAAGCGUCUAUCCGGUUUUGACAUUGAUAGUGUCCUAUACACCACCCGUAGUCGUGUUUCUGAGGAAAUCGAAAAGGAGUACAAUGCCAAGAAAGUAGACUUCGACACUAUGCUUGCUCAGAGUGAUUUCAUUAUCAUUGCUGCUCCAUUGACUAAGGAGACCGCUGGUGUUUUCAAUGCCACUGCUUUUGGCAAAAUGAAGAAGACUGCCGUGUUGGUGAAUAUUGCACGUGGAGGUGUUGUAAAUCAGCAAGAUUUGUAUGAAGCUUUGAAAACAAAUCAGAUAUUCGCUGCCGGCCUGGAUGUGAUGACCCCAGAACCACUGCCUCCGAAUGAUCCUCUCCUGAGUCUGCCAAAUAUUGUGCUUAUGCCUCAUUUAGGUUCGGCUACCAAACGUACCCGAGAGGACCUCGCAGUUCUUGCCGCCAAAAAUAUUUUGCACGGACUUACUGGUAAACCAAUGCCGGCACCGGCAUAUUAAAUAUCCGCGCAACUUACAUAUAUAAUUACUAAAUUAGAAUUGAGAAUUUAAUUGUGCCAAAUCUGUAUCACAUAGUUGAAUAUGUUGUUGGAAUGAUAACACAAUAAAAAAAAUUCUUUCUGCCUAA